UGGCUUCCGAGGGAUCUAUUAUCACCCCCCACACACACCGCCAAUCACGAUUUAUUUGAGGAAGCUGUGGCUGCGAUGCGGAGGAGACCUGAGGAGUCAUAGAGCAGAAGUUGAUUUCUUGGUCAGCCAGGGGUCCUCGGCGGUGGGCCUCCUUCUGGAGCAGUGAUGAUUCACAGCCUUUUCCUCAUCAACUCCUCUGGGGACAUUUUCCUGGAGAAACACUGGAAGAGUGUGAUCAGCCGUUCGGUUUGCGACUACUUCUUUGAGGCUCAAGAGCGAGCGUCAGAGGCUGAGAAUGUGCCCCCAGUGAUUUCCACCCCUCACCAUUACCUUCUGAGUGUCUAUCGGCACAAGAUCUUCUUCGUGGCCGUCAUCCAGACGGAAGUCCCACCUCUUUUCGUCAUUGAGUUUCUUCACCGGGUGGUGGACACCUUUCAGGAUUAUUUUGGAGUCUGCUCUGAAGUUGUCAUCAAGGACAAUGUUGUGGUAGUCUACGAGGUGCUCGAGGAGAUGCUGGACAACGGUUUCCCCUUGGCAACGGAGUCCAAUAUUCUGAAGGAGCUGAUCAGGCCACCAACAAUCCUCCGGACAGUUGUCAACACAAUCACAGGAAGCACCAAUGUGGGAGAGCAGCUCCCUACAGGGCAGCUGUCCGUGGUGCCCUGGCGACGGACCAGUGUGAAGUACACCAACAACGAAGCCUACUUCGACGUGAUCGAGGAGAUAGACGCCAUCAUCGACAAGUCAGGUUCCACAAUUACAGCUGAAAUCCAAGGGGUGAUCGAUGCCUGCGUGAAAUUGACUGGGAUGCCGGACCUCACCCUCUCCUUCAUGAACCCAAGAUUGUUGGACGAUGUAAGCUUCCACCCCUGUGUGCGUUUCAAGCGGUGGGAAUCGGAGCGCAUCCUGUCCUUCAUCCCUCCCGAUGGGAACUUCCGCUUGCUCUCUUAUCACGUCAGCGCUCAAAAUUUAGUGGCCAUCCCGGUCUACGUGAAGCACAACAUCAGCUUCCGAGACAGCAGCUCCCUCGGCCGCUUUGAGAUCACCGUGGGGCCCAAACAGACCAUGGGGAAGACGGUGGAGGGGGUACUGGUCACCAGCCAGAUGCCCAAAGGGGUGCUCAACAUGACCCUCACACCUUCUCAGGGGACGCACACAUUUGAUCCUGUCACAAAGAUGCUGAUGUGGGACGUGGGGAAGAUCAACCCACAGAAACUGCCCAGUUUGAAGGGGACGAUGAGUCUUCAGGCAGGGGCCUCCAAGCCCGAUGAGAAUCCCACCAUUAACCUCCAGUUCAAAAUCCAGCAGUUGGCAAUCUCCGGUCUGAAGGUGAACCGUUUAGACAUGUACGGAGAGAAGUACAAGCCGUUCAAAGGAAUCAAGUACAUGACCAAGGCUGGGAAGUUCCAAGUCCGAACCUAAGAGAGCUUCUGCCCAGGAGAAGACUCACGGCUUCUACUCCAUCCCUGCUCUCCUCUUCCUCAUGGUUUGCUCCUUGAGGUGACCCAUCUGGAUUUCUUCUGAGACAGGCAACUUCUCCCCCACUCCAUUGGUUUGGCCAGCCCUUCCUCUGUCUAACAUCUGGAGCUCCCCGAUGGUGGCAAAGAGCAAAAAGGAGAGGUGGUCACUUCUCUUUGGGCGUGUUGGCUUUCAGCUUCAGCCAGUUGUGUGCUUCUUCCCCCUUUCGUUGGCAGUCAGCAACAGCUGGAUUGUUUGCCGGAUGAAACUGCGACAAAAGGGAUGCGGGAAGGAGCCGAAUGGGAUUCUGGUUGGACUCCAAGCCCAGUGGCAGUCUUUCUUUCCCAACCUCUCUUCACUCAGCCUGUCGGGUUUCACUACACCAGGGUGGACAGAAAUGGAAAAGAGACGGCUCCGUUCUCAGACCAGAGGUUAUGGGGGGGUCUAGAAUUGGCAUUUUAGCCCAGUGUAAAUAUGCUCAGCUUAGCUGUUGUCCACAGAGGAUUUGCAAGCUCAGAGACAGAGCUUGAGAAGCGAGUUUGCUCCAGAUGUAUGGAAGCAAAAGGGGAACGAAACACGUAUGUGUGUGUGUGUGUGUACACACGCAUACACACACACACACACCGUGUUUCCCUGAAAAUAAGACUGGGUCUUAUAUUACUUUUAGCUCCAAAAGAUACAUUGGGGCUUAUAUUAUGGUUAGGUCUUAUUUUGGGGAAAAUAUGGAACUAAUUGUGUCUGUCUGAUGAUCUUAACUGGGGCUUA